AUGUUAUCUCAUCAAAUGGUGACCACAAUUGUGCCCACAAUGGGUGCCACCAGUGAUGACAACGAUGGGUGUCAUUGUCUGCGCCAGACAUCCAUUGAUGGCAUCGAUUCUGCCAACGAGAGUGACUCGUCCGACAUAUUUAUUGUUUGCCAAUCGGAAAGACAUCCGUUUAGUCAAUUCAGACAAUCAAAGACCCAACGCAUCGAUUAUUAUGAACCACUUGGAAGAGGCGGCGGCUCUCGAUCAGGAGUGACUCGUCCGACAUAUUUAUUGUUUGCCAAUCGGAAAGACAUCCGUUUAGUCAAUUCAGACAAUCAAAGACCCAACGCAUCGAUUAUUAUGAACCACUUGGAAGAGGCGGCGGCUCUCGACUACUACUUCAAAGACAGUAUUAUCUUCUGGGCUGACAUCGGGUUGGAAAUGAUUAAAGGCAUCAAAAUUAAUGGUAGUGUCAGUCAAGACAAGGCCUUUACAAUCAUCCAAACGGGCAUUAUAUCACCCGACGGUCUCGCUUGUGAUUGGCUGACGAGAAAGUUGUAUUGGACUGACUCGGAGACCAACCGUAUAGAAGUGAGUCGUUUUGACGGAACCGAUCGGAAAGCCUUUACAAUCAUCCAAACGGGCAUUAUAUCACCCGACGGUCUCGCUUGUGAUUGGCUGACGAGAAAGUUGUAUUGGACUGACUCGGAGACCAACCGUAUAGAAGUGAGUCGUUUCGAUGGAACCGAUCGGAAAGUGCUCUUCUGGAAGGACUUGGAUCAGCCCCGGGCUAUAGCACUGGCGCCCGCCGACGGUUUAAUGUUUUGGACCGAUUGGGGAGAAGUGCCCAAAAUAGAGAGGGCAUCGAUGGAUGGCGAGCCCAUGACUCGAUCCAUUGUUGUCAAAGACAACAUCUAUUGGCCAAAUGGUUUGACCAUUGAUUACGAGGCCAAACGGCUGUAUUGGGCGGAUGCGAAGCUCAAGUUUAUCUCAUCGAUGGACUUUUCGGGUAGUAAUCGAAAGGUUGUGGUUAACGGCAAUUUCCCGCAUCCCUUUGCCAUAACGAUGUUGGCCGACACUAUCUAUUGGACCGAUUGGUCGACGCGAGCCAUACAUUCAUUUAACAAAAAUACUGGUCACAGAAGAAAGAUUUUAAGCGGACAGUUGUCUCCAAUGGAUAUUCAUGUCUACUCGGCUUCGAGACAGUUGUCAUCGGAGACGCCCUGUGAUCACGACAACGGCGGCUGUUCUAACCUCUGCUUAUUGUCAACAAACUCUCCCUUCUAUUCGUGCGGCUGUCCCACCGGUGUUCGGCUUCUUCCUGACCUCAAAACAUGUGCCACAAGUGCUGAAGAGAUUCUACUAUUGGCCCGAAGAGUAGAUAUCCGACGCAUAUCACUGGACACAUCCGAUCACACGGAUGUUGUGCUGCCUCUAAAACAUAUUAAACACGCGAUUGCUGUUGAUUUCGAUCCGACCGAUAAGAAGAUCUAUUGGACUGAUGAUGACGUUCAUGUUAUCAGAAGGGCUUUUCUCAAUGGUUCCCAACAGGAAGACAUUGUGUCCACUGAAGUGCAUCAUCCGGACGGCAUCGCUAUAGACUGGAUCGCUCGCAACAUAUACUGGACGGACACGGGUACCGAUCGUAUAGAAGUGGCCCGUCUUGACGGCACUAAUAGGAAAAUCCUUUUAACUGAAGGGUUGGAUGAGCCGCGGGCUAUAGUCGUUCACCCAAUAGACGGGACUGAUUGGGGCUCAGGAGCUAAGAUAGAGAGAGUCAAGACAAGGCCUUUACAAUCAUCCAAACGGGCAUUAUAUCACCCGACGGUCUCGCUUUUGUAUUGGACUGACUCGGAGACCAACCGUAUAGAAGUGAGUCGUUUUGACGGAACCGAUCGGAAAGUGCUCUUCUGGAAGGACUUGGAUCAGCCCCGGGCUAUAGCACUGGCGCCCGCCGACGGUUUAAUGUUUUGGACCGAUUGGGGAGAAGUGCCCAAAAUAGAGAGGGCAUCGAUGGAUGGCGAGCCCAUGACUCGAUCCAUUGUUGUCAAAGACAACAUCUAUUGGCCAAAUGGUUUGACCAUUGAUUACGAGGCCAAACGGCUGUAUUGGGCGGAUGCGAAGCUCAAGUUUAUCUCAUCGAUGGACUUUUCGGGUAGUAAUCGGAAGGUUGUGGUUAACGGCAAUUUCCCGCAUCCCUUUGCCAUAACGAUGUUGGCCGACACUAUCUAUUGGACCGAUUGGUCGACGCGAGCCAUACAUUCAUUUAACAAAAAUACUGGUCAUAGAAGAAAGAUUUUAAGCGGACAGUUGUCUCCAAUGGAUAUUCAUGUCUACUCGGCUUCGAGGCAGUUGUCAUCGGAGACGCCCUGUGAUCACGACAACGGCGGCUGUUCUAACCUCUGCUUAUUGUCAACAAACUCUCCCUUCUAUUCGUGCGGCUGUCCCACCGGUGUUCGGCUUCUUCCUGACCUCAAAACAUGUGCCACAAGUGCUGAAGAGAUUCUACUAUUGGCCCGAAGAGUAGAUAUCCGACGCAUAUCACUCGACACAUCCGAUCACACGGAUGUUGUGCUGCCUCUAAAACAUAUUAAACACGCGAUUGCUGUUGAUUUUGAUCCGACCGAUAAGAAGAUCUAUUGGACUGAUGAUGACGUUCAUGUUAUCAGAAGAGCUUUUCUCAAUGGUUCGCAACAGGAAGACAUUGUGUCCACAGAAGUGCAUCAUCCGGACGGCAUCGCUAUAGACUGGAUCGCUCGCAACAUAUACUGGACGGACACGGGUACAGAUCGUAUAGAAGUGGCCCGUCUUGACGGCACUAAUAGGAAAAUCCUUUUAACUGAAGGUUUGGAUGAGCCGCGGGCUGUAGUCGUUCACCCAAUAGACGGGACUGAUUGGGGCUCAGGAGCUAAGAUAGAGAGGGCUGCUCUGGACGGCACUCAACGGAGUGUUGUCAUAAGUACAGGCCUCGGAUGGCCUAAUGGUUUGGCCAUCGAUUAUGAAUUGUCCAAAAUUUAUUGGUCGGACGCAAAGACUGACAAAAUAGAAAAGUCUAAUUUUGAUGGCUCUGAGAGAACAGUGAUUGUUUCGGAUCAAUUACCUCACGUUUUUGGCUUUACUUUACUUAACGAUUACGUCUAUUGGAGUGAUUGGCAGCGAAGGUCUGUCGAAAGGGUCCAUAAGAUAACUGGCGAACAAAGAGAGACAAUUAUCGAUCAAUUACCCGAUCUGAUGGGUUUGAAAGCAGUGGCCGUCAACCGCAUCAUCGGAACCAAUCCAUGCUCUGUUAAUAACGGCAAUUGUAGUCAUUUGUGUCUUUAUAAGCCUAAACAGCCCAAUGUGUGCGCCUGUCCUAUGGGUUACGAGUUGGCCAGCGAUAUGCACACGUGUAUAGUUCCCGAAGCUUUUCUACUCUUCUCCCGAAAGGCAGACAUUCGGCGGAUUUCGUUAGAAUCACAUAAUUUGGAUUUUAUACCAAUCGCUGGCAUUCAUGAGAUCACUUCAUUCGACUACCAUUUGACAGAUAAUCGCAUUUAUUGGACAGACGUUAAACUGAAGACAAUUAGCCGAUCGUUUAUGAACGGCAGUAAUAUUGAGCACAUAAUUGAAUUCGGUUUGGAAUCGCCGGUGAGUUUAGCGGUCGAUUGGAUCGCUCACAACCUCUACUGGACGGACACCGCUUCCAAUCGGAUCGAAGUCUCGCGACUCGACGGCUCCAAUCGCAAGACAUUGAUUUGGAAGGAUUUAGAUAAUCCUCACUCUAUAGCGCUUAACCCCAGCGAAGGACUUAUGUUUUGGAGCGAUUGGGGGGCUAUCGAGAAGAUUGAACGCUCGGCACUCGACGGCACAUUACGGCAGGUGAUUGUGACCAAAGCCGGUCGCGCCACCAGUUUGACCAUCGAUUACAAGGGAAGACUGUUGUAUUGGAUCGACACAUACGCCGAUAAAAUUAUGAGCUCAGAACUGGACGGCACUAAUCCCAGUGACGUCAUUAAAUCUGAUCCAAACAAUCCAUUUAAACCCCGAGGGCUGACUCUGUAUCAGGAUUUCAUCUAUUGGUCGAAUGGAGUCGAGAAUACGAUCGAAAGGGCCAACAAAUCCAAUUUAUUGGACAGUUCUGUGAUUCAGACUAAAUUGGAUUCUGUUGUCGACGCAAACGUGGAUCUAAUAAUUUAUCACAACUCGCGUCAGUCCGGUUGGAAUCCCUGUGCCGUAAACAAUGGCGGUUGCGAUCACUUGUGUCUGGCACUGCCCGGUAAUAAUCAGCGGGCAUUCACUCACAGUUGUCUCUGUUCUUCGCAUUAUGUCUUAAACGACGACAAUAAGACAUGUUUGGCUCCGCAAAACUUUCUGCUAUACAGUCAGCGAAACACAAUCACACGUUUGGCAAUGGAUUCGGUGACCGACGCGCCAGACAUUACACUUCCCAUUCAUAAUCUGAAGAAUGUAAAGGCGUUGGCAUACGACCCGUACGAUCACGUUGUCAUUUGGAUCGAUAGCCGAACGCACGCCAUCAAGAAGGCCAACAUCAACGGCACGGGAACCGCUAUUAUUUUGCCCAAUCCUCACGACUCGAACGCGCCCUACGAUCUCGAAGUGGAUCCCUAUUCGCGGCUCAUAUUCUGGUCGUGCAGUCACACCAACUCUAUUAACGUGACGCGUCUCGACGGCCAAUACGUCGGCGCUAUUGUCAGCGACGGACUCGAGAGACCCCGGAGUCUAGCCUUGCAUUACAUUAAAGGUUACUUAUUUUGGGUGAAUGCUGUCAGUCCUCCAAAGAUUGAGAGGACAUAUCUGUUUGGUUUGACCCGAAAAUCAAUUAUUGAGACCAAUUUGGAAGAAGUGUCAGCACUGGCUGUGGAUAAUGAAGUGGAUCUGAUCUAUUGGUCAGAGAGCGCUCACCAAACCAUUGAAUGCAGUUCUCUUGAAGGAGAAGACCGACGAGUGAUCGUUGAAUCAAAUGUUUUGCAUCCGCUGUCGAUCGCCGUUAACGACAACUAUUUGUAUUUGAUUGAAAGGGAACAGAAAGUCAUCGAAAGAGUCAAUAAAUUGGCCCAAAAUGGACAGAAACAGACGGUUUACAAUCGUAUACCACAACUCACAGACAUUAUAUCAGUGUCCAAAAUGAGUAUAAACUCCACAGCACUCGCAUGUUUGAGCGAAAACGGCGGCUGUUCUCACUUAUGUCUCAUUAGACAUAACGAUAGCGUUCACAAGUGUGGCUGUCCUAUGAGUAUGGUUUUGUCCAAUGAUGACCACACGUGUGUCACUCCUCCGCACUGUUCGUCAGAUCAGUUCGCGUGUCUCACAGGAAAAGUCAAUUGUAUUCCUAAUAUUUGGCGCUGCGAUGGACAGCCCGAGUGUGACGACAAGUCCGAUGAACUGAAUUGUGCCAAAUGUUCAGAUUCUGAGUUUAUGUGUCCGCGAACUAACGGCGAUGUCUCAAAAGCUCAAUGUCUGGACAAUACAGUCCUAUGCGAUGGAGUGCCUCAUUGUAUGGACGGUUACGACGAACUGUGCUGUGGUUUAGAAGAGUUUAAGUGUAAAACCGGUAGAAAUUGUUUAACACUUUUUCAAUUGUGUGAUAAUAAGAAGGAUUGUAUUGACGGAUCCGAUGAAAGCGAGGAAAGUUGUCAACACAGAAGGGAUAGAAUGCCGUUAGAGCUGUCGAAUCAGACGCCCGUUCGGCCAACUUAUCACGUGGUCAUUGUUGUCACCAUUUGUGUCCUAUUAGUUAUGGCUAUCAUUGCAUACCAAUGGAGACGUAAAGCACAGACAUAUGAAGAGAAGGAUUUUGGGGCAAAUGAUAUGCUAAUGAGUGCUCAAAGGCCGCUAAAUCCACAGCCAAAUGAUUUGCGGGUCAAUCCAUUGUUGCCGAGCUCUGAGAGCACUAAUGGAAAACGCUUUCCAACGAAUGCCAAUUUCAACGUCUGUCCGACACUUCAACAAAGCAGUGAUCCGUUAUAUGAGCGCAAUAUUACCGGCGCCUCGUCUACGAGCUCUUCGGUCAAUAACUACCCGAAAGAGACACUAAACCCGCCGCCGAGUCCGGUCACAGACCAGUCUCAGUGUAACUUCGAGGGCAGUUCGUGCGGCAGUUCCUCUAUAGCCCACUCUCGGAGCUCCAGAAACGCCAUUCUUCCGAAUCGGCAUAAGAAGAAUCGUUGGAUGAGAACGAGAGGUCCGCCGCCCACACCCUGUAGUACCGAUGUCUAUGAGGACAGCGAGCCGUCGCCAAUCAAAUACACGGCAUAUUAUGACAACUCUCAGGCGGAGCUCAGCUACGACUCCGACCCAUACCCUCCGCCUCCCACUCCAAGAAGUCACUACUUCUCUGACUUGAGUGGUCCGCCAUCGCCCGUCACUGAACGCAGUUAUAACAACCCAUACCCACCCCCGCCCUCACCGGUUCCCGAACUGGACACUCACGACCCGAUUACUUAACUCAAUCAUUAAAGUCUAUUUUUUGAAUUCUUUUUGUAUAUUAUGUAUAAAGUCUUAAGUUAUUUAAUGUUUUUAUCAUUUAUAUUGUAUUUUU